AGCUCGAGACGCCGUGGCGGGGAAAGGAGGAGGAUCCGGUCAGGGCUGGAAAACUGCACGUGAGCCGGUGCAGUAAGCUUUGUGCAGGGCGCGCUAGCGGGGCUCGGGGCGUUGCUUUGGUCGUUUUUCCUUUCCAUUUUACAGUCCCGGAGGACAGGCGCGAUGGAAGCCCCCUUACCCCCUCGGGAGUCUGCGGAAUUCGUGGCGGUCCGUAGCCAAGAUGUGUUUGUUGAAAAAGGCGGAGUCGAUCGAGUGGCCGAGAUGCUGCUGGAGAAGGUCCCGGGCCGAGAGUUCGGCUUGGGGGGCUGGAAGUCCUUGCACGAGCUGAACCCUCAGGCGACCGACGAAGAUGCGGUCAACUGGGUGUUUGUGGUGGACACUCUCAAUUUCUCCUUUUGGUCCGAACAGGAAGAUCGCAAGUGUGCGGUGAAGUACAGGAGUAAAACGUACAGCGGGUACUGGGCCCUUUGCGCUGCGGUCAACCGAGCCCUGGAUGAAGGAAUACCCCUCACUAGGGCGUCAUUCUAUGCCACAGUUACUCUUGAUCAGCUUCAGCAUAUUUUGCAUUCUGACACAGAUGUGCCUAUGCCUUUGAUAGAAGAGAGGCAUCAGAUUCUCAAUGAAACUGGAAAAAUUUUACUUGAGAAGUUUGGAGGGUCUUUUCUUAAUUGUGUUCGAAAGAGUGACAAAAGUGCACAAAAACUCCUGUCCCUGGUAGUUGAAAGUUUUCCUUCUUAUAGAGAUGUGGCUGUAUAUCAGGGUAAAAGGAUUUCAUUUUACAAACGGGCUCAGAUACUUGUGGCAGAUACUUGGUGUGUAUUAGAAGGAAAAGGAGAUGGUUGCUUCAAUGACAUUUCCAGUAUCACUAUGUUUGCUGACUACAGACUACCUCAAGUUCUUGCUCACCUGGGAGCAAUAAGAUAUUCUGAUGAACUACUGAAGAAACUUCUUAAAGGAGAAAUGUUUCUAUCUGGGGAUAAACAAGAGGUGGAAAUCAGAGGCUGUUCUGUUUGGUGUGUUGAACUGAUUCGAGAUCGACUUCUAGAACUUUCUGAAGAAAAGGGAGUAAAAAUCUGUGUAGAAAUAAAUUCAGUUCUUCUUGAUUAUUAUUUAUGGGACUAUGCCCGGGAUCACAGGGAAGAUAUGAAAGGAAUUCCAUUUCAUCGCAUACGAUGCAUAUAUUAUUGAUUAUAAGUUCUAGUCAAUCAGACCCCAGAGUCUUAUAACAUAUAAUCAGCUGUGCACCUUGUCUUUUAUUAUGGUUAACCAGGAAAAAGUGUAGCACAAACUAUGGGGAAGAACAAGGAUUAUUUCACUUUUUCUUAUCUGCUACUGUGCAUUCCAGAUUUGAUUUUUUGUUUGAUCAUGUUUCAUUCUUUACCUCUUUAGUGCUCUAAUUUCAGUAUUCCAAUUAUUGCAAAAUUUCUUUUAAAAAGUUAAUCUACCUUUUAAAUACCAGUUUUCAGUGGGAUUUUUCAACCAUUCCUUGAGUUGACAAUCCUUAUUUUAUAUCCAUUUUCUAUUUACUACAUUCAUCUGUUUAAAAUUCUCAUAUAUGUAUAUGUGAUCAUAGGUUGCAUUUAAGUGGAAAAAGGGGAAUUGUGUAUAUUCACAUAAAAGCAUCUAUUUUAAUAACACUGUUCUACCAAUAAUGAUGCUGUUGCAAAAAUCAAGGGAUGCAGUUGUAAUUAUGUUUGGUAUGUAACAGUCACUACAAGAUUAAAGAUUCUUUUUGAUGUAGUUGUCUAACCUAUAAAUGACUGAUUUGGAAUUGAAUAAACUUUUUUAUACAAAUGUUAAACUAUUUUUAAAAGUCGUGUAAUUUUGAAAGCCUAAUAAAGCA